CAACAGUUUGAAUCACAAAUGUAAUCAAACAUGCAUUUGUGAGUAAACUGAACUUGGCAUUUGGAGUUCCCAAUCUGUGGCGCCAAAUGAUUGACACACACGGGGUUUCCCAUAGAUAUUUGAAGGGGUUCGUUCUGUCGACGUUGACAAUCCACAACGUGCUCUUCUGUCAGCAAGACUCACUUAAAUUGAAGACUUCGUGACGUUUGAAGCGCUUGGAAAUGUAUCGGGAUUGAACCUCCAUGCAGUGCAAGUUUUGCAGUUUUUCUGCUGACCAAGACGACCUUGUUAGGCAUCACCAGCUUUGCCACAAAAGACGUCACCAUUGGCCGUGCGUAUACUCUGACUGUGUGUGUGUCUUCAAAACUCAAGGAGCUUUAAAGUCACAUCUUUCUAGAAAUCAUCGCAAAGCUGCACCUAUUGAUCAACAGUCUUUGACAUUUAGAUGUGAAUGUUGCGAUUUUGAAGAAAUAUGUUCUCAGAAGGAUUUUUUUAAACAUCUAGGAAAUCACCUUAAAAUUCAAGAAACUAUUCAAUUUCCUUUUCUAGGUUGUGAGUUUAAAACGAACACAUACUCAACAUUCAGCUCACAUAAAAGUAGAAAGCACAAACAAUAUACAGUGAAAGAUUUUAGGACAGUCAUUCGACCUAUUAGCGCUGAAGCUAGCAUCGCUGAUGAAAGUGUAGCGUCAACUUCAUUUCAAGAUGAUUCAAGCAUUGUGUUUGAGGAAGAUAGAGUAGAUCAUCUGGAUUUUGAACAAGUUGAACACAAAGUUGCAUGUCUUUUCCUCUCUAUGCAGAUGGUUCUACAUGUCACACGUAGUGCAACUCAAAAAAUAGUUGAGGAAAUCCGUGAUAUAUUCAUAUGCUCAAAAUCUCUUGCUUUCCGGUCAGUUGCAGAAGUUCUGGAAAAUAAUAACAUUUCAACAGAAAACAAUCUAGUUCAGGAUAUUGUUGAUUCUGUAUUUACAUCCAGUCCAUUAGUGACUGGAACAUCUGUAAAAGGCUGUCUGUCUACUGACUACAGAAGAACCUGUUAUUUUAAGAAAAAGUUUUCUUUGAUCGAGCCAGUCGAGUACCUGUAUAGGCAAGGUAGUACAAACACUUUUAUCUAUGUACCAUUGCCAUUAGUGCUUGAAAGCCUGUUGAGAUGUCCUGAUUUUUUAGGGGCAUUAGUUUUCGAACAAGAACACUUACCUGGUGUUUAUAGAUCUUUCCAGGAUGGCCAGUACUUUAAGCAGAGUAGAGGUAACACUGAAGGUGUAGAAAUCAGUAUAUCCCUGUACAUUGAUGAGUUUGAGGUUGCCAAUCCUUUGGGAACUUCGCGGAAUAUUCACAAGAUAGUCGCAGUUUAUUGGCUCAUCCUAAAUUUACCAGCAACAUUUAGGGGUGGUCUGACAGUCAUUCAGUUGGCAGCAUUAGGAAAUAGUCGGGAUGUGAAAGAAUUUGGUUAUGAGAGAUUCUUGGAGCCACUUAUUAAGGAUCUAAAACUUAUUGAGGAUAAUGGAAUUCAUAUUGAUGCUUUGAAGAGCUCUGUUGGAGUAAAAAUAUUCUGUGUUUGUGCAGAUAAUCUCGGAGCGCACGGUCUAGCCGGGUUCCAAGAAAGUUUCAUUGCAGACAAAUUUUGUCGUUUCUGUUUGAUUAGUCGUGGUGAAAUAGGGACUCCCAGACCAAGAGAAUUCCUUUUGAGAACUGUUGAUCAGCAUGAUAAGUUUGUGGAUGAGCUCAAACAAAACCCAACUCUGAAGAGUGUAAAUGGGGUAAAACGUGAGUGUGUUCUAGCAAAGCACCUGACUUCAUUCCAUCCUGUGACAGGAUUCCCCCCGGAUAUAUUGCACGAUUUUUUUGAAGGGGUUAUUCCAGUAGAAUUGGCAUUGUGCCUUUCAGUAUUAAUUUCAAAAGGAUACUUCACACUGGCCAAGCUCAAUCACAUAAUCAGGUCAUUUCCGCACGGCUACUCCGUGUUAUUUUGUCUGCUAAUGAGGCACGACGUGUCAAACUUAGCGAAGAGCCACAGUCUGUAG